AGGUUAGAGUUAACACCCUGGAACUCAAGAUAUGACUAAUUGAACUGCACAGCAUCACACACUUACCACAUGUAGUCUUUAAUUCGCAUUGGAGACAAGACGUUGUCGAUAGAUGUUAUAUAUGUAACGCUAGAUACUAACGUUUGCUAAAAAUGGCUAACUGUAUGGUUUUUCACACUCAAAUAGCCUCCAUAAUGGAGGUGCUAGCGAAUGCAGCCGUGGCAGAAAUAUGUAAACUCGUAGACGACGACUAUGCAGUGUUUCGUUUGGAAAGAACUCAAACCCAGAAAGAAAACAGUACAUUGCGUAGGAAACUACAGCUACUGGAACUGAAGGUGGCACGGGAGCGCACAGAGAGGACAAUGCGAGAGCGCGGCCUCGCCAGUCGUCCCAGUAGUGUCAAGAUCCUUGACCGAUACAGAGGAAUAGCAAGAGGUGAUGGACAUCUCACUGGAGACCACAGGAGCUUUGUGAAGCCAGUGGGACACAAUACAUUGAGAGAUGACCAACCAAUCACUUUUGAUGAGGGAAGUGGAACCUCAACCCAGCAUGUUAUCUUGAUAGAGUCUGCAGAUACAGAGGCUGCAGGUCCUGGAGUCAAGCAGGAGAGGUCUGAAGGAGAGGAGGACCCACGGCACAGCAGAGACAUUCAGACUGGAGCGGCUGGAGCGUCCCCUGAAGCCACAGAGGACCCCACCACCGCCCCAGUGCAGCCCAGGACCCAACGCAGAAGCACGGAGGAGGAGGAGGGUCCAGAGGUGCUGCUGGUGAAGGAGGAGGGAUGUGAGGAGGGUCUGGGGAACCCUGAGGGGACUAUGGUCAUGGAGGACAACCAGACUACACCACCUCCUCAAUCCACAGAGGAACCAGCUGAGCAGCACAGGACCACUCACAGUCUCACUGAGUCAGUAGACAUGGAGGAUGGGAAGCCUGAUCUGCUGCUAGUCAAAGAGGAGACAAUAGAAGAUGGACCAGAGAGCAUUGACCUGCUCAGUGGACUAAAGAUGGGGGAGCAAGGUGGUUGGCUGGAGGCUAACAGAAGAGACUGGGCGGCCAUCUUGGAUUCUCAGACCCAGACGGGUGCAGCCAAGAGCGCAGGGGACAACUUCACUGAGCAGGCCAGGACCAGAGGGGACACAGUGAAGGUCAGUGGAUGGGACAGCGUCCUCAACUUUGGGCUGGAGAACAACACUGUUAACCACAACCAGAAACAGACAGUCGAACACAAAACAACAACCAAACUUAGUCUCCAUGACAACAGACUGGCUGAGACCAGGACGAUGCAUAGAUUUGGUCUGCGGGGACGGGGAGGUGUCCGUAUGCGGUGGGAGAAAAAAGACACAGACUCGGCUAGCGAUGCUCCGUCCUGCUCCUAUAGUUGUGAUUCAGAGAGACUGAUGGCGCCUCAGGUUAACCCCCUAACAGGUGCUGCCUUCAGCCUGCCUUCUAUAGGAUCUAUCAACUGGAACAUGGAUCCUGCGACAACACAGACACUCCCUGGCCUUCGUCCUCCUCACACUCUCCUAAUGUUAAACCAGACCUCAGACAAUGCCAGUGCCUCAACACUAAAUGGCUACACAAGCCCAUUGACAAAUGACUGUAGUAGUAAUGCUAUCAGCAGAUCUGGUGGCAAAGAGAAGCGCUUCCCGUGUUCUUUCUGUGGGAAAGCCUUCAGUUUCCCCAAACAAAUGAAGAGCCACCAGAGGAUGCAUACAGGGGAGAAACCAUUUGUCUGCCACCUAUGCCGGGCCAGUUUCUCCCACCCGUCCAACCUGAAGAGGCACCUGAGGGUCCACACAGGGGUGAAACCCUUCAACUGUACCCAGUGUCACAUGCGCUUCUCCCAGGCUGGCCACCUGAAGAGGCACCAGAGGGUCCACACAGGGGAGAAACCCUACAGCUGCCCCCAGUGUGAGAAGAGGUUCUCCCACCAGCACCAUCUGAAGAUGCAUCUGAAGAUCCACACAGGAGAAAGGCCGUUCACCUGUACACACUGCGGGAAGAGGUUCUCAGAGAGGAGCUACCUCAGGAUACACCAGCAAAAAAUGCACACAGCCCAUGAAUAGAUUAUAGUGAUAUGUAGUAUUAGCUAGUAUAGUUUAAAGUGACUGUUACGG